AAUGAAAAGAGAGAAUCAACGCGAACAAUUUUCUCAGACCCCGCAAAUAAAGAUCAAUUGAAAGUUUUUCUGCUAUAGGUGACGCUGUCGUCUAUCUCAUAUUAUUCAUCGAUAUAAAAUAUUAUCUAACUUCCAAAUAAUUAACAGCAAAAAUGUCGGCGUGGAGACAAGCAGGAUUAAAUUACAUUAACUACUCUCAGAUUGCAGCAAGGUUAGUUAGACAAGCUUUAAAAGCUGACUUGAAAGCAGAAGCUGCCAAGCGUGAUGAAGUCAAUGUAAAGUUUACUCAAUGGAAGGAUGGAAAAGCUAUUACUGAAAAGAUAUAAUCACAAUGAUUAAAAAUGCUUAGAUUGGCGAUAUUACAGAUGGAUGCAGAGAAGUCAUCCAGAAUAGCAAAUUAUAUAUAACAAUCUCUAUUUCUGUAUAAAGUAAAACCAUUUUUUGCACUGUAAUUCUAUUUUUCUUUGAUUUAACUUACCUACAGUUAAUUUUUAUAGCGUCAUCUUAAAACAGAAC